AUGGGUUGCAUUGCAGCUAUUCAACUUUUCAUUACAGCAAUUCUUCUUGUGUCCACCACCACCGUUAGUUCUGCUGAUACAAGUCCGAUACCAGCCGAUGCAUCGAGCCUGAACACAUGGUUUCAAAACAAUGUCAAGCCCCUGGCAGACCGUAAGGGCACCAUAGACCCUGCCCUGGAAGCUGCCGAAGCUAAACCAAGAACCAUUAAAGUUAGAAAAGAUGGAAGUGGAGACUUCAAAACCUUAAAGGAUGCCAUUAACAGUAUUCCAACAGGGAAUAAAGAACGUGUAAUUGUGGACAUUGGACCAGGAGAGUACGUUGAAAAACUCAAGAUUGAGCGUGAGAAGCCUUUUGUUACAUUCUUGGGAUCACCUAGCAACAUGCCAACCUUGUCAUUUGGUGGUACGGCCAGAGAAUAUGGAACUGUUUAUAGUGCUACCUUGGAAGCUGAGGCUGAUUACUUUGUCGCUGCUAAUAUCAUUAUUAAG